AUGUCCAAUGACAGCUGCAACCUUCCGUUGGACACAGACACGUUUGGCCUGACGUGUAUCUAUGGCCUGAUCUUCUCUUUGGGUCUCCCUAGCAACCUGCUGUCUCUCUGGGGACUGUACCACCUGGGCCGCUCCGGGGGAGGAGGCUGCCAGCUGGUCUACAUCCUCAACCUGCUGCUGUCAGACCUCCUCCAGCUGCUCACCCUGCCACUGUGGAUUCUCUAUCUCCAAGGCGGUCACCGCUGGCCCUACAGCCAGCUAACGUGCGAGCUGGUGGGCUACGUGUUUUACGUAAAUGUCUACGCCAGCGUCAUGUUCUUGUGCCUGAUAGCGCUGGACCGCUGUCUGGCCAUUGUGUACCCGCUGAGCAGCCGCAGAGUGCGGACGGUCCGGGUGGCAGCGUUGUCCGGCGUGGCAGUUUGGACCCUCACCUUCCUGUUCUGUCUGAGCGGGCUGCUGCCGUCAGUGUUUGACCCUGACAGACUGCUGUGUUUGGAACAGUACCCCGUCAGCCCCAGAUACGCCCAAUUCAAGAUCACAACGGUGGCCCUGGGCUUCCUGCUGCCAUGCGCCAUACUCGGCUACACCUCAGCCCACAUUGGGGUGACACUCCGACGAUCCCCGUCUCUCUCUGACCAUGAGCGGCGCAAAAUCGUGGGCAUCCUCGUCGUGAUCACCGUCAACUUCAUCGUUGUGUUUGGACCCUAUCACCUCGUGGGCGGAUACAGAUUUGUGUCCUUGCUGCUGACCGACGAGCCGUGUGGAAUGGAGCGUUCCAUUUUCCUCAUCUAUCGCCUGUGCUACGGUCUGACCAGCCUCAACACCCUGCUGGAUCCCCUCUUCUAUAUCUUCCUGUGCCCCGAUGCCCGGCUGGAGCUGCAAAGAUCCCUGCCCUGUUUGGGAAGGGGGCAAGGCACAGACAAAAAGAUUAUCCUCAGUACCAGAGCUCCCUCAGACGACCAGAGGGAGAGGGAAAAUGGACAUAAUAUUCUUUUAGAAAUAUAACUUGGAUUUGACCUCAGAGCUGAGCUCCUGGUAUUUAGUCAAAGCAAGUGUGCCACCAAGUGGAAGUGCACGUGAACAAUGUGUUCACUAUGCUUCGACCACAUCAGCUCAAAGACUUCCACUAGUUCAGUUUCCAGUUACUCGUGAUGAUCUAAAAACUGUUUCAGAGAAUAGAAGCAUUUGUGUGCAGCACACAGAUCUCAAAGUGCAACUGUUGCUGCCGUAAACUCAACGCUACAUCAUUUUGUACAGAUAUGCCAAAAAUCCACUCUUUUGUGAAAUACCCGAUGUAAGCCGGGAAGAUCCAUCUAUUUACCGGAUUGGUUUUCUGAGUAGUGUAUGGCAAUUAAUCAAUCAUAUUACAAUCAAACCAUGUUUUUACUGUCAUAUUACAAUAAAAAAUGUUUAAAAGAUG